CUAAACUAAAGCAGCCGUCGUCCUCUUGUCCAUCUUCUAAACCUAAAAAACAAACAGCCGACUGACUGACAGAUCUUCUUUCUUUCUUUCAUUCUACGAUUCAGCAAGUCAGCCAGCAAGCAAGCAGAUUGAAGAAUGGGGGAGAAGAAGAAAAGUGCCACAGUGCUUAUAAGGCUCGUGUCAGCAGCAGGGACCGGUUUUUUCUACGUGAAGAAGAAGAAUCCGAGGAAGAUACAAACGAAGCUUGAGUUCAGAAAGUAUGAUCCGCGCGUCAAUCGUCAUGUUCUAUUCACCGAGGCCAAGAUGAAAUGAUUUCAGCCAGGUUUUACGAUGGUAAUCAUUCGGUGAUUACUGUUAUGUCUUGUUGAUUUUGUUGAACAUGAAUUAGCUCUAGUUUUCUAUGAUCAUAACUUAUGUUUUGGCCAUGGUCUGGUUUUAUGCAUGGAAGAAACUGAAAUAAUAAUCCUACUAGUAAAUUUUAAUGCUUAAACCCUUGUUUUACA